UUGGAUUUAGGAAGAAGGUCCAGGGAGUCACAUGGGCACAAGUGUUUGAUGAAUGUUCAAACGACACUGUUGCACAGAGAUUGCUCUCCUCUUUGGUGCUCAUUCAACAUUUUGCAAUUAAUUGCAUUUUUUUUGCGUGAAUGUUUUUUAAUCGAAGGAUUUCAACGCGAUUACGGUGAACUUUUGAUUUACCCUUCAGUUUGGAUCAUGUUGGAAACUUUUGUCCGCUUCAAUUAAAUUAUUCACAAUAUAAUUUAAAACCUCUUUGUGAGAAAGUUGUGAUAACUAUUUGACAAUGACCGAAGAAGGCAAAGCCGAACACCGGGCUGAAAGCGGGAAAGACUUGGAGAAACAGCUCCGUUUGAGAGUUUGUGUUUUAAACGAACUUUUGAAGACUGAGCGCGAUUAUGUUGGAACUCUAGAAUUUCUUUCGGUAUUCCUGCAUCGACUCAAUCAGUAUGCAGCCAUGAAAAUUGACAAGAACAUCACAGAGGAGACAGCCAAGGUGCUGUUUUCCAACCUGGAGCAGAUCCUGUCGGUGCACCGCCACUUCCUGGCCAUGGUGGAGGAGCUGCUGCAGCCGGAGCCUCACGCGCACCAUGAAGUGGGCCGCUGCUUCCUCUACUUUAAGGAAAGGUUCCAGAUUUAUGAGGAGUACUGCGGGAACCAUGAGAAGGCUCAGAGGCUGCUACUGGAACUCAACAAGAUCCGGGCGGUGCGCACGUGCCUCCUGAACUGCAUGUUGCUAGGGGGCAGGAAGAACACAGAGGUCCCCCUGGAAGGCUACCUGGUUUCCCCCAUCUCAAGGAUCUGCAAGUAUCCUCUGCUCCUCAGGGAGCUUCUGAAGAGGACCCCAAAGAAGCACAAUGACUACGCACUGGUGCAGGAGUCCCUGCAGGUGAUGAAGGCCGUGUGCUCCAACAUCAACGAGGCCAAGAGGCAGAUGGAGAAGCUGGAGAUGCUGGAGGAGUGGCAGUCCCACAUCGAGGGCUGGGAGGGUUCUAACGUGACAGACACAUGCACUGAGAUGCUCAUGCAUGGAAUCCUGCUGAAGAUCUCGGCUGGGAACAUUCAGGAGCGCAUCUUCUUCCUGUUCGACAACCUGCUAGUCUACUGCAAGAAGAAGAACAGACGUUUAAAGAACAGCAAGGCGAGCACAGAGGGUCCCCGAUACCUGUUCCGUGGACGGAUUAACACAGAGGUCAUGGAGGUGGAGAACGUGGAUGACGGUACAGCGGACUACCACAGCAGUGGCAACAUCGUCAACAACGGCUGGAAAAUCCACAACACGGCGAAGAACAAGUGGUUCGUGUGCAUGGCCAAGACGCCCGAGGAGAAGCAGGAGUGGCUGGAGGCCAUCUUGAAGGAGCGCGAGAGGAGGAAAACCCUGAGACUGGGGAUGGAGCAGGACACCUGGGUGAUGGUGUCAGAGAAGGGAGAGAAGCUCUAUCAGCACAUGUGCAAACAGGGACACCUCAUCAAGGACCGCAAGCGCAAGCUCACAACCUUCUCCAAGUGCUUCCUGGGAAGUGAAUUUGUGUCCUGGCUGAUGGAGAUCGGGGAGACGGAUAACCCAGAGGAGGGUGUGCACCUGGGCCAGGCUUUACUGGAGAACGGCAUCAUCCACCACGUGACAGACAAACACCAGUUCAAGCCCGAGCCGGUGCUGUACAGGUUCCGCUAUGACGACGGCACGUACCAUCCCAGGAGCGACAUGCAGGAUGUCAUCUCCAAGGGUGUCCGGCUGUUCUGCAGGCUCCAUAGUUUAUUCACUCCGGUGAUCAGAGAUAAGGACUACCAUCUGAGAACAUACAAGUCUGUGGUGAUGGCGAACAAAUUGAUUGACUGGCUCAUCGCACAGGGUGACUGCCGGACCAGGGAGGAAGCCGUGAUUCUGGGGGUGGAACUCUGUGACAAUGGCUUCAUGCACCACGUGCUGGAGAAGAGCGAAUUCAAGGACGAGCCUCUUUUGUUCCGCUUCUUCGCUGACGAGGAGAUGGAGGGCUCCAACACCAAACACAAGCCCAUGAAGCACGACCUGAAAAUAGCCGAGAAUGUCAUCGCCAAGUCCCUGCUGAUAAGGCCUAGUGUUGGAGGUUAUGGCUUCACUCUGGAGGACCGAAACAGAGUGCCCAUCAUCAAGUCUGUGGAGAAGGGCUCACAUGCAGAGAUGGCGGGUCUGGAGGUAGGGAAGAAGAUCUUCGCCAUUAACGGGGACCUGGUUUUCCUGAGGCCCUUCCAGGAAGUGGACAGUCUGCUUAAACAGUGCUUCAACAGCAAGGGUCCCAUCAGGGUGUUGGUCAGCACCAAACCCAGAGAGACGGUGAAGAUCCCUGACUCAGCAGAUGGCCUUGGCUUCCAGAUCCGCGGCUUCGGCCCAUCUGUGGUGCACGCGGUCGGCAGAGGUACUGUGGCGGCCUCGGCAGGUCUACACCCAGGCCAGUGCAUCAUCAAGGUGAACGGCAUCAACGUCAGUAAGGAGAGCCACUCCAGCGUUAUCGCACACGUCACAGCCUGCAGGAAGUACCGCCGGCCCACACAGCAAGACUCCAUAAAGUGGGUGUACCAUAACAGUGAGAGCGGGCAGGAGGACCCCCAGAGGACCAAUCAGAAGCCAGCCACAGAGGAGAACGGAGACGUGUUUGAGUGUAGAGUGGAAGAGGUCAUGGAUAAGUUCAACACCAUCGCUCUCAUUGACGGCAAGAAGGAUCACGUCAGUCUGACGGUGGACAACGUGCACUUGGAGUACGGAGUGGUGUACGACUACGACAGCACGGCCGGGAUCAAGUGCCACGUGCUGGAGAAGAUGGUUGAGCCCAAAGGGUUCUUUAGUCUCACAGCCAAGAUUCUGGAGGCCCUCGCUCGGAACGACGAGCAGCUGGUCCAGACCUGCACGCGCCUGAGCUCCAGCAGCGAGCUCAUCCCCGAGGACCUGCAGGCCAGGUUCAGUGCCAUGUGUGGAGAGAGGCUCGAGCACGUCGGCAGGCGUGUCACCAACUACCGCAAGUUCUCGCGGGUUUUAAAGAACCGCGCCUGGCCCACGUUCAAGCAGGCCAAGACCAAGGUGUCCCCGCUGCACAGCAGUGACUUCUGCCCCACCAACUGCCACAUCAACGUCAUGGAGGUGUCUUACCCCAAGACCACCACUUCACUGGGCAGCGCCUUCGGGGUGCAGCUGGACAGCAGGAAGAACUCCACGCUGGACAGAGGAAGCCGCAAUGCAGAACAAGGCAAACUGGGGCCCAUGGUGUACGCACAGCACACCAUCACCAGCAUGGCUGCACCCUCAGGUCACAGUCUCGGCCGGACGGAGGGGCACGGCCUUCGCUUUCUGCUCCGUGAGGAUGACCUGCUCACGCUGGACUCCUACCAGAAGCUCCUUAGCAAACUCACCACGGUCAUCAAGGAGAUGGAGAGCUACGCUGCCCAGAUUCACGACCUCCUCUCCUCCAUCACGAACCCUACGACCUCCGAGGUGAAGCCGUCGGAGAGCUACAUUUCGACAGAGAACGAAGGGGAGAGGGGUGAGCGCAACGGGAAGAAAGUGUGUUUCAACGUGACGGGGGACGAACAGGAGGAUUCUGGCCAUGACACCAUCAGCAACAGAGACUCUUACAGUGACUGUAACAGCAACAGGAACUCGAUCGCCUCCUUCACCAGCAUAUGCAGUAGCCAUUGCAGCUCGUAUGUGCACAGUGACGAGAUGGACUCAGGGGACGAGAUGCCAGCUAGUGUGUGGAUCUCCCAUGAUAAGCAGAAGAAGCUCCACGGAUUCCUGGAGCAUCUGUUCAGCCAGGUCGAGUCAAUAACCAGCUUGCUGAAAGGAGCUGUUGUUGCCAAGGCCUUUGAGCAGACAAAAUGCUUCACCCCCAACAGAGGGCUACAAGAGUUCCACCAGGAAAUGGAGCCCAGGGUGAACUGCACCAAGCGGCUGCGGCAGCAUGUCAAGCAGGACCCCUGGAACCUGCCCAGCAGUGUCCAAGCCCUCACGCAGACCAUUGCCAAGUUUGUCGAAGAGGUGAAGACUCGGUUGCUGUUGGUCCUGCUGCAGUACACAGACUCAGAGGCCCAGUUGCGGAGGGACAUGGUGUUCAGUCAGAGUCUGGUAGCCUCUGUCUGCUCCUUCUCUGAGCACCUGCUGGCCGUGCUCAACCAGGCCCUGAGCAGCGAGAGCGAGGCCCAGGAGGCCAGUCGCCGUUGGCUGGACCAGAUCGCCACCGCCGGCCUGCUCUUCCACUUCCAGUCCCUGCUCUCCCCAAACCUGACGGAUGAGCAGGCGAUGCUGGAGGACACCCAGGUGGCACUCAUUGACCUGGAGAAGGUCACCUUCUACUUCCGGCAGUUGGAAGGGGAGCCUCUGGUGGCCAACAUGCCCAUCUCAUACCAGGUGGAGGGCACGAGACAGGCCCUGAAGGUCUGGUUCUACCUGGAGGGCUUCUACUUCGAGCAACUGCCCCUAAGGCUCCGGAAUGGGGGAGGGGUCAAGAUCUACCCCGUCCUCUUCACACAAGCUUUGGAGAGCAUGGAGGGUUACUACUACAAGGACAGCGUCUCUGUGGAGGAGUACCAGGCCCAGAUCAACACACAGUCUCUGGAGAAGGUCAAACAGUACUACAAAAGACUGAGGUCUUUUUACCUGGAUAAAUCUAACCUGACCCCCAGCUCUGCACCCAAAGCUGCCUUUAUUGACAAGCUGAUGCGUCCGUUGAACGCUCUGGAGGAGCUGUACCGUCUGAUGGAGAGCUUCAUCUCCACGCGGCGCACGGCUGCGUGUCAGUUCACCCCGUGUGGGGCCUCAGGCGUGGGGCUGCUGUCUGUGGCCUCAGAGCUCUGUUCUCGCCUCGGGGCCUGCCACAUCGUCAUGUGCAACAGCGGCGUACACAGGUGCACACUGAGCGUGACACUGGAGCAGGCCAUCCUCCUGGCCCGUAACCACGGGCUACCACCACGCUGCAUCAUGCAGGCCACCGACGUCAUGAGGAAACAGGGAGCCAGAGUGCAGAACUCCGCCAAGAACUUGGGAGUGAGAGACCGCACCCCGUCCUCUGUGCCAAGAUUGUAUAAGCUUUGCCAGCCACCGCCCCCAGAUGGUGACCCAUGAACUCUCCUGCAUCCUGUGCAGAGCUGAGUUUUGUCCUGCCCCAUACAGUCACAUACCUCUCUCCUCUCUCUCUCUCCUCUUUCUAUCUCACUCCUUCCCCUCUUUUCCACCCUCUCAGUCCUCUCUCCUUCCACUUUCUCUUUUUCUCUCUCUCUCUCUCUCUUUCCACUCUUCCUUCCCCUCUCUCUCUACCUGGAGUCUGCCCCCAGUCGCUCUCCAGUGUAAAUAGUGACAUGUUAUGCUCUGUCAAUGACGUGUGUUGAAGUUCUGUACGUGUACGCUGUCUUUGUUAAGCUACAUUGCAGUGCAUCUCUAUUUUUUUGCAUCUCUAAUUUUCAUACAGAAACCUACACUGCAUCUAUUCAUGAGGAUCAUGUAGCCAUAAUAACAGCUGUGAAAGCCUGAAAUGAUUUCUGUAUGAGUAUGCUGAAGACCUGUAGCAGUCUCUGUUGAAUGGAGAGGGUCCUCCCUCCUCUGUGUGUAGAGGUGGCUGUCACUGUGCCUGUGAAGAGCUCCCAGUCAGAAGUGCCUCUCUGCUGAAGCAUCAUUCAGUUGUCAGCACGUGAUUUUUUGUUUGUUUGUUUUUCCGCUAAAAGACCUUGCCGUGGUGUGUCAGCAAUAACUUCACUGACUGAGUAGAUGCUGAUUUCAAAUGAAAAAUGAAUGUUUGUGAAAGAUGUUUCAGUCAGAUGUCAUAAUGUGCCUUGGAUUUUUCUUUUACCUAUGUCUCAGAGCUAGGUUUUGCUUGCUUACCUACCAUAUAUAUUUUUAUACAUCGUUUGAGACGUGAAGUAACAUAACGUUAUAUUAAGCUAUGUAUGUCAACUGUGUAAGGCUUGAGGAAGGAUGAGCUGUCGAAUGAUUCCAGAGAAGUGGGCAGAUGAGGAAUUGCCAAGCGUAUGAUCUUUGCGUGUGAGUGAAGUUUUCAAUUAGUUAGACCGAUGAAGAAAAAAAAGAUGUUGAAGGGAUACAUGUCAUCAGUGUUAUAACUCUUUUCAGUGUCAAUGUCAAGCUCAUGUAAGUAGAUUUUAUAUAGAAAUAUAACUAUACACAUAUCGUAUAAAGUAAAGACAUACAAUCAGUACUCAGGAGAAUCACAGUUCUACUAUAUUUAGGUAUUACUUGAGUGUUACUAAGCAUCAUGAAGGAAGUCAUUUAUUUCUAUGCAACUGUAGACAAUAAAAUCCAAUCUGGAUGCAUGGGCUACUAUGAAUCAUGAAACUAUUCCGUAUCCUAUUGUAUCCUAUAUUCUGAAGUUCUCUGAAGACUUUUCUUGUCUUUUUUUAACAUUGUGUCAUGAAGAUAUCUAUUGCAAGUAGCAGCCUCUAAUUUGUGUUCAAGAGCAAACACGUUAAAACAGCGAAUAAUGUAAAGAUGUCACUGUACAAAUAUACAACUCAUAGCUGAAUUUUGACUGAAAAUGACAGUAAUUUUUUUUUUAUUUAUUAGAUUUACUCACUAUAAAACAUAUCCUAUUCCAGACGUAUUCCUUUUUUCUCUGCUUGAAGCCUAUGAAAUGUUCAUUUUUUGCCAUGUGCUUUUUUGAAGUAAACUGUUCUAUACUGUAGUUAUUAAUUUCAAUAAAUUGGUCUAUAGGAAA